GUGGCUCUCCAUAGCAGCAGCAACGGUGGGGAUCAGGCUCAUCCUGCUGCCUGCAUUUGUCUACCAAGUCAGAUCAACGGUCAAGAUGGCGCUUAUUAAGCCAGAGAUGGAGCGACUGCUGAACAAAGUCAAGGCCGCUGGCUACGGCACAGAGGCUGUGGCUCACUACAACGGCAAGAUGCAAGCGCUAUUAAAGAAGCACAACACCACGCCCUUUGCUCCUCUCCUCGGGAUCUUCCUGCAAGCGCCCAUCUUCAUCGGUUUCUAUUUCGCUAUCACAGGCAUGGCAGAGCACAUGCCAUCAUUCACAACAGGGGGAGCCUUCUGGUUCACCGACCUCACCACACCGGACACCACCUACCUGCUGCCUCUCAUGUCCUCUGCUGGAAUCCUUGCUGCUGUGGAGCUGAAUGCAGCAGAGGGAAUGGAGGGAGCACCCAAUGCAGCGCAGAUGAAGUGGUUCAUGCGAGGGCUUGCUGUGACCAUGGUGCCGCUCACUGUCACGUUCCCUAAGAUAUGCACAUGUGUUCCUGUGCUCAUUCAUCGUCAGUAA